AAAAAACAAAAAACAAAAACAGACGCAGAUGUGAGGCGACGCCAGCGACGACGUCAAUAGGGUCGCCAGCGUCUACUCGCCUGCGAGAUCAAGCGAUUACAGCCAGGCGCAGCUGCUGCGGCUGCGACGGCUGCUCUGGCCGAGGCCUCAGUUGGUAACAAGAUGCCGCAGUGGCUGGUCAUUGGCAUCUCGGGUGUCACCUGUGGCGGCAAGACGACGCUGGCGAAAAGCUUGCGCGACUAUUUCAAGGGAUUGCGCAAUGCGCCGCUGUGGAAUACACCGUAUACGAUUGGCGAGGUGCAGCUCAUCUCACAGGAUGAUUACUUUCUGCCCGUCGAUGACAGGCGGCACAAGCGUGUGGACAAACUGAAUGCGAUCAACUUUGAGCUAAUCACCUCGCUGGACACCAAGCAAAUGCUGGCCGACAUAGCGCACAUCAUCAAUGCACCGCACACGGAACAGAUUGCCGCCUACGCCAACUUUGAGCAUUACGCUCUGCAGUACCAGCAGCAGCAACAGUUGCAGCAGCAGCAACAGCAGCAGCAAUAUAAUGCGGCAUAUUAUGGCAAACAAUUGCCGCCGGCUGCCUAUCAAUAUCAUGCACAGCAGCAGCCGCAGCAUCUGCGGCAAGCACCGCAUCCCGGCCAGCAGCAUGCGGAUCAUCUGAUGCGUUUGAAUAUCAAUGCACAGAUUGCCGCUCAGCUGCGCGAUAAGAAAAUCAAUGUGCUCUUAAUUGAGGGCUUCAUGAUCUUCAAUCAACCGGAGCUGCUGGCGCUGUGCAAUCUCAAGUAUCACUUCCAUUUGCCGUACGAGAAGUGCUAUCAGCGACGGAUCAAGCGCACCUACGAUCCGCCCGAUGUCACUGGCUAUUUUGAGCUGUGCGUUUGGCCCUACUACGAGAAGAACUUUGCCGAGUAUCGUGACUGCAAGGACAUUACCUUUCUCAAUGGUGAGAUUAGCAAGGAGAAGAUCUUCAAGUUUGUGCUGCAGCGCAUUGUACACUAUUUCGAGGAGCGUUGCGAUGUGCCCACCGUUGCCGCAGCUGCGACCACAUCGCCGAUUGCCUGUCCGCCGCAUCAGAAGCGCUUCGGCAUGCUCUACAUGGCCGCCACGGCGGCGGCGGCGGCGUCGGCCUGUCCCAUGGAGCAGUAGCCAAGAGGAGAC